AUGGAACGACAUCGACGUCAGCCAGCAAACGUGCAACAUCUCCUGCUGGAAAGGUCCUUACAUCCGGUUCGACAUCGUCUGAUCUGUCGCGUGCACCGCCUCUCGCGCCGUCUAUGGCGUAAAAUCAAAGCUACGGAUCGUCCGGAGGAGCGAUCGUCUACGUCACCUACGACUCUGUCAAGCGUGGAAGUUGUUGAAGGUAAUGUGUUACCUCCGGAAAGUGCUGUGACUGAUCCCAAGUCGAGCCAAGAUGAGGCCUAUCUCAAGCACUUCCUCGUGACUCGCCUUCUGCUCGUGGCCAAGUUCAAAGGACUCGCGGCUGGCAACAAGGGAGGGAGCAAGCACACGCAUUCCCGCGUGGUGUGCCACAAUGGUCUCCGCUGUGGUGCUCAUGCCUGCUACGUCGGCGCCCAGCAUUUGCAGCAGUCGCGCCUCCGCCAGUGGAUGGAACAACCUGAAACCGUUGAGUGA